AAUGAAAGUCCCAUCCUUCUCCUUGAAGAAGGUGACAGGUACCGCCUACGGGGAGAAGGAGGUGGUUAUGCUUUGUCGCAGGAGAUUAUCACUGAGAUCGUAGGUGCAGUAGUGGACUGGAAUUCGUUACAGGUGUCGUCCUUGUACGGAGGCAUCAUCGCUGUUCAUGGUGCUUCGGACAAUACUCGUUUUUCUGAUGUCCCAUUCUGGCAGGAUCAAAAUAUCAACUAUCUAAUCCAAUAUAUACUCUCCUGUUUAGCCAUGGAUGGUUGUGUAACAUGUGAGGCAGAGUUUUAUAUGACCGUGUGCGCAUGCUCGCAAAAUGACUCAGAACAUCGAUCAAAGCAUAAUUCCAUUGCCUCUAUUCGUCUUGCCGAGAUGUUGUCCUCUGCUAGUUCUGCAAAUGAAAGUCACAAGCUUGACGUAUCAUCAUGCUGUUCUAGUGACCUUGUAAGUGACCAAAAGCCCCUCCACAAAAAGCAUUAUCUCCUUGUGCGGGUAUCACGGCCUCUCCUCCAACACUGUGUCUCUGUUCUAAAUCAAUGCUUCGCUGGAGUGUUUGCGGAUGAAAAUAAUGUUGGUACGGCUGUAGGAGUUGCAACCUUAACUCCAGCCCAAAAAGCGUGGCUUGGUGGUCUCGCUGUUCGGCUGGUUAAACUUAGCACGGAACAAAAGGAAAUUUUAUCUGCCCUUAAAUCAUGCAAGGACUUCGACACGAUAUCCUCCGCGCAAGUGGAGGCCCAUGCGAAAACCCAUCCAUCUCCUCCGAUUGCGUCGCUUGAAAGGGAAUCUGCCCUAUUCUGCAUGAAAUCGGAGGAACUUAUUAAGGAAAUGACUCCAAUCCACAAUAUAUCAGAACGAGCAACUGUUUGGGCCAAUUUUCGUAGUCAGUCUCCUUUAUUCCCCUCAGUGAACUGGCUGCGUUGGUACCUUGGUGAUGCCAUUGGCUUCUAUUUUGCUUGGCUACAUUACUAUUGCCUUGCGCUAAUUGUCCCUUCAAGUGUGGGCCUACUGACAUGGGUGAUUUUAGCAAUAGCAAGUAUUUUUUCAUCUAAAGAUGGCGGAAUAGACGAUCCUGAGAUUCCUUCCGGACCACCACCAAUUUCAAUUUUCCGAAUUUAUUAUGGAUUGGUUGUAAUAGUCUGGGCGAUUGCAUGCACAAAAAUCUGGCGACGGCAGCAGAUUCAAUUAUCAGAGGAAUGGCUAUCACCAGUUCUUGUGAAUGCAGCUGACAUGUCUGGCUGGAUAAAGUCGCACAUGAACCAACUGCGUCCUUCAUUUUAUGGUAUCGAACGAGAGAGUCCUGUUACAGGCGAAAUUGAGCUGCACUUUCCCGCAUCUAGACGACGAAUUCUUUACCUCAUCUCAGCAUCGAUAACAACAAGUUGGUCUGCCAUACAUCGUAUCUCGAGACUGGAAUCCUUUGGUGCUAAUGCAAAGUUUGUUAUCCCGCAGGGUCUGAUCAAUCCCAGUCGCUCACCACACCUUCACUUUCGUUUUAUCGCCUGCUUGUGCGAUCCUGGAAGGAUAUUUGACCCAAAGGCUGGCUCACUUAAAUUCGUUCCAGGUAUCCUUCACCCGCUGAUCGUCUUCUUCAUAAACCAGAUCGUUUUUCGCCGGAUCGCAGAGUCCCUCACAGACAUGGAAAAUCACGAGACUCAGGCCAAUUGGGAUCGUUCGUUGAUAGUUAAGCGUUUUCUGUUUGAGGCCGUUGACGCUUAUGCUUCACCCUUCCAUCUCGGCAUGAUUUUAGUAGAUUGGCCUGCUUUGCAGUCCUUCCUUUUAACCACUUUCGCAACGGAUUCUAUCCGGCGUCUCAUUGCCGAGUGUCUCGUUCCAUGGGCGAGUUCUCACUGGCGCAGCCGUAGAUCAGCGUCCGCGCUUUACAAAAAGACAGACAACCCGCAACAUCAGGACACCGCGGUACACAAUGCUGUCUUCGGAGUGGAGUACGAGCCAUUCGAUGACUUCCUCGAAAUGGUUCUCGAACAUGGUUACAUCGUUUUGUUUGCCUUUGCUUGUCCACCUUACCUCGCUUGUAUGGCCCUCGUUUGCGCGUGGGUUGAAUCAUACUUCGACGCCUUCAAAUUACUCCAGCUCGUGAGACGGCCGAUGCCGCAAUUGCUGCAUAGGGACCAAAACAUCUGGUUAAUGCUUCUUUCAGUGCAGGCUUGGUUGGCACUCUUUACGAACAUUUGCCUGCUUGCCUGCCGCACAGAUUGGAGCCUCGGAACGCUGUUCUUUAUGGAGCAUGUUCUCAUUGGGAUUGGACUUGUCAUUGAGUUGGGUGUUUCCAACACUCCCAUUGCAGCUAAAAAUGCCUUCCGAAGGAGGGUGUAUGAGCGCUACAGGCGGGUUGCGGCGGACAGGUAG